CUCUUGGUGAAGACAGCCCACAGACCUUCCCGAGUUUCAAGAAGGUCCUGAAGUCGCAAUAGCUUCUCCCGCUGAGUGCUGUCAAUGGUCACCCGCUGGGAUGCGCACCACCCUCUAAAGCUCAUUUCUGAGCCUGCGUCCGCGCGCCCUCUCUCAGUCACCAACGCUGGCCCUCUCGCCCUCUCCCGGGACGCGCGCUUCCGUUGGCUUCAGACCUGGACGGGCGAGAGGACUGAGCUCACACGCGCUUGGCCGGAAAAGCAGUGUUGACAGAUACCAGGUGCUACGCGAGGGAAGUAGGGUGAGAGCGAAUCCCCCAAAGCACUCCAGACGCAGAGGUAAACAGCCGCCUUUUGCACCGCGGUCCUCAAAAAGGUACCUAGUAGACACCAUGGACCGAUGCUGGCGCAAUUCCGGGCAGCCUGUGCCGCCUCCAGCUUCUGCAGAGAUCUGAGCCUGGAAGGAGGUGUGUGCCUGUGAGAGCAGGAGUCUUUUGAACUGUGUGCACUAGACCCCUUUGGCCUUACGUGAAUGUGGAACUCGCCUAAGGUUGCUCCCUCUCCCCAAACCGCCCCCUGUAAUUAGUAUUCCGCUGAUCGGGUGCAUCUGCAGGGUUUGCCUCUGGCUCCUUCUGGUUGUACCUUAGGUGUGAGAAGGGAAAAGGACGCCCUGCUUCUCUGGAUAGCAUGCUGGAUUUGGAUUUCUUCGUGGGUUCCCUUGGCACAAGGCUAGUUGCUGGUUAUCUGCCUUCUAUCUUGGAUUAACACAAAAGGACCUUUGCUUUGAAUGCCUUCACGUUUUAGAUCCUUAACCCUUCGGACUUAGAUGUCAUAAUUCAGGUAACUAUUACACCAUUCCUUGGCAAGGGCUACUCAGCACUGCUUACCUCUUCCAGUGCAACACUCUACAGAUUAUUUUCUCUGGAUUCCGAGCUGACACACUGCUGGAGGCAAAAGCUACGAGGCCAGCUAGAACUGUGCCUUUUCUCUUCUCAAGAUUUUUUUCUUACACAGCAAAAAGAAAGAAAAAAAGAUGAAGCUGGGCAAAGCAGAGUUGUGCCAUUUUCUACAGCUUGUAGGUCUCUUUUUAUGUUUCUCUGGGACGAGUCAAGCUGAACCGCCAAGGUCCAGAUCCAAGCUGUAUUUUCAGUCAGGGAGGUCCCGAACGAAGCGCAGCUGGGUAUGGAAUCAGUUCUUCGUGCUGGAAGAAUACAUGGGCUCAGAUCCCCUCUAUGUAGGCAAGCUUCACUCUGAUGUUGAUAAAGGAGAUGGUUCCAUCAAAUACAUCUUGUCAGGUGAAGGGGCAAGUUCCAUUUUCAUUAUUGAUGAGAACACUGGGGAUAUUCAUGCCACCAAGAGACUGGACCGGGAGGAGCAGGCCUAUUAUACACUCAGAGCCCAAGCAUUGGACAGACUCACCAACAAGCCUGUGGAACCGGAAUCUGAGUUUGUUAUCAAAAUUCAGGAUAUCAAUGACAAUGAACCCAAAUUUCUGGAUGGUCCAUAUACAGCAGGAGUUCCAGAAAUGUCUCCUGUGGGGACUUCAGUGGUACAAGUGACAGCCACAGAUGCUGAUGAUCCUACCUAUGGCAAUAGUGCUCGGGUGGUCUACAGUAUUCUACAAGGACAGCCAUACUUUUCAGUGGAACCAAAGACGGGAGUCAUCAAAACUGCCCUUCCAAACAUGGAUAGAGAGGCUAAAGACCAGUAUUUGCUUGUCAUUCAGGCAAAGGAUAUGGUUGGUCAAAAUGGCGGACUAUCUGGAACCACGUCAGUCACUGUGACCCUAACUGAUGUCAAUGAUAACCCACCACGCUUUCCACGAAGAUCUUACCAGUACAAUGUCCCAGAAUCUUUGCCUGUGGCAUCAGUUGUAGCCAGAAUUAAAGCUAUUGAUGCAGAUAUAGGAGUUAAUGCAGAAAUGGAAUACAAAAUAGUGGAUGGUGAUGGGUUGGAGAUUUUCAAGAUAACUGCUGACAAAGAAACACAAGAAGGAAUCAUUACAAUACAAAAGGAACUCGAUUUUGAAGCCAAAACAAGUUAUACACUGCGCAUAGAGGCUGCAAAUCGUGAAGCUGAUCCCCGGUUUCUAAGUUUGGGUCCAUUCAGUGACACAACUACUAUAAAGAUAAUUGUAGAAGAUGUGGAUGAGCCCCCUGUGUUUUCUUCACCUUUGUACCCCAUGGAGGUGUCAGAAGCUACACAAGUGGGAAAUAUCAUUGGCACUGUAACAGCACAUGACCCUGAUUCUUCCAAUAGCCCAGUGAGAUAUUCAAUUGACAGAAACACAGAUUUGGAGAGAUUUUUCAAUAUUGAUGCCAACAGUGGAGUUAUCACUACUGCAAAAUUAUUGGAUCGAGAGACAAAUGCUGUUCAUAACAUUACAGUCCUUGCAAUGGAGAACCAGAAUCCAUCUCAGGUUGGCAGAGGAUAUGUGGCCAUCACUAUACUGGACAUUAAUGACAAUGCCCCUGAGUUUGCCAUGGACUAUGAAACCACUGUCUGUGAAAAUGCUCAGCCUGGGCAGGUUAUCCAGAAAAUCAGUGCUGUAGACAAAGAUGAGCCAUCUGAUGGUCAUCACUUUUACUUCAGCUUAACAACAGAUACAACAAAUAACCAAAACUUUUCUUUGAAAGAUAACAAAGACAACACAGCUUCAAUACUUACGAGGAGAAAUGGCUUCCGCAGGCAGGAACAAUCAGUUUACUAUCUGCCAAUUUUUAUUGUGGACAGUGGAUCUCCUUCACUAAGUAGUACCAACACCCUUACCAUUCGAGUCUGUGACUGUGAUGUUGAUGGUGUAGCACAAACCUGCAAUGCAGAGGCUUAUGUUCUACCUGCUGGCCUCAGCACUGGGGCUCUGAUAGCAAUACUGGCCUGUGUCUUGACACUAUUCGUGCUAAUCCUCCUCAUCGUUACUAUGAGAAGACGAAAAAAGGAGUCUCUUAUUUUUGACGAAGAAAGGGAUAUUCGAGAAAACAUCGUCAGAUAUGAUGAUGAAGGUGGGGGAGAAGAAGAUACUGAAGCCUUUGACAUGACGGCUCUGAGAAACCUCAACGUCAUACGAGACAGCAAAACCCGCAGAGAUGUGACUCCUGAAAUUCAGUUUUUGAGUCGACCGACUUUAAAAAGCAUUCCAGAUAACGUCAUUUUUAGAGAAUUUAUUUGGGAAAGACUGAAAGAGGCUGACGUGGAUCCAGGAGCUCCUCCAUAUGAUUCUCUGCAGACCUAUGCAUUUGAAGGAAAUGGCUCGAUUGCUGAAUCUCUCAGUUCUUUAGAUUCCAUCAGUUCAAACUCUGAUCAGAAUUAUGACUACCUAAGUGACUGGGGACCCCGCUUUAAACGACUGGCUGACAUGUAUGGAAAUGGCCAAGAGAAUUUGUACUCAUAGCCUUGGACAGUAAAUUUGUAAUGUACUGAACAAAAACCCAGCAGAAAGAAAAAAAGAAAAAAAUAUUUAAAAGAAAAGGAAAAGGAGGAAGUACUACAUAUAAUGAACAACAACAUUCACUUGUUGUACAAAAUAAGUUGUAAAUAUGUCUCCAAUUUUAUCAAUUAAGGUUUCUGCCUUGGUGAACCCUUCACUAGAUUAUCAAAAGGAUUUCACUGACCACAAAAUCUGGAAAUUUGAAGUUUAUUAUUAUUAUUAUUAUUAUUAUUAUUAUUAUUAUUACUAUUUGAUAAAAAGAAGUACUCAAUGAUUUGUGAAUAGAUAGCAACUCUCAUACUUGCAAAGGCACUUAACUUGCCAGAUAUGUGCUGCUGUGCACAUACAUUUAUGGUACACUCUCUGACAUGAUUAGAGCAUGAUGUGCCAUCAAAAAAUACUCCAACUACUUGCUUAUCAAACCAUUGGAAAAUUUUACUCCUACUGAAGCUUUUAGACUUAUGAUAGAGUUCAAAACAAUUUUAUUGUUGUUUGUGCACAGAAAUAUUUUGUUUCACUGAGCAAUAUUAAAAUUCUCAUAAUAACUUUCCUAAGUGAAAUUCUCAAUAAAAGCCAAUAAAAUUUUAUUUAAGGUAACACAAAUCACUGCUUGCCAAUAAAUUACAAGAAGUGUUCCCAAUAAGAAAAAGAUAGAUAAUUCUUCAAGUUUCAAGUGUAUUUUAAUCAUUCAUGUAGGUAUGAUUUUAAACAAUAGUUGCUAUCUGUUCUUUAAUUUUUAUUUUCUCUUCUGAUUUGUACAGGAGAAUAUAUUUUUUACUUGACACAUAGUGUUGUGUUUAUUUAUGAGCGCUAACCUCCACUCUGUUCAGGUUUGUCUUACUGCUUCGUGGGAUUAAAUUCAUCAGCACAUGCUGGCUUGUACAACAGGAAGGAAAUAAAGCAUGGAAAUGGAGAAAUAACUGCACAGCAAUUGAGUCUCAUUCCCACUCACAUCUCAAAGAAAAACAUUGCUCCAAGGAUGUACAAAGUUUUCUUCUGAGCCACUGGAGUAUUCAAACUGUGAGAAUAAAGUGUUUAUAUUUCAAGAAGCCUUUUGAGAGAGUUGAGGUUUUUCUUUGAUGCAGGAAUUAUCUUCCAAAAUCAUGAUACUAUAUGCUCCAAAGUCUUUUCAAGAAUCUGUUUCCCAGCUUCCUUUGUUGUAACACAUUGAAUAAAAUAUUGCGAUUGAGAUUUUAAAUAUAUUUUAAAAUGUAUGACUCUAUAUAUCUUCAACCCAUUGUGUCCCCCAAUGACUGAAUGAUGUGUAAUUUCUCUAUGGUUUAUAUGUGCCAAAGGAAAGGUAGAAAUUUCAAGUAAUCAUAUGUGUUUAAGAUUGAGAUGGAUGUAUCAAAAUGAGGUGACUUUUAAUAAUAAUAAUAUUUCUACUUAUUUUUCCUAGAUUAAUACUAGUUUAUUAUGCAUAUAAUCAAUUAAUAAUGAAUUUACUUUUUUCUUACUUUCUUCUUUCAAAAUUAAUUCAUUUUGAGUUGUAAGGAAACCUAUAGUUGAACACUGUGUAUGAAUUGCAUUAUAAAAAUCCUCCUUCUGAUAAGCAGAAUUUAGAACUGAAACAUUGUGUUGGUUAAGUGAGGAGAAGUUAUGUAGGAUGCUGUACAUUGCAGUCCAUCAUUAGAAAUGGAGUAUGUGAAAGAGGCCUUCAUUUUCAUAUUAACAGUAAUUUAAUAAAUUUGAUUGUAUGCAAACAAACCUUUAGUUGAAUAAGUUAUUUAGAUGCUGUGCUAUGACUAGAGAGCUACUACACUUCUUGCUAUAUUCACUGGCAUUUGUAUAAAAUUUUACCACAGAGUAAAAUGUCCUGUUCAUAACUCAUAGACAUAUAUGAACCUUUAUAAAAUUAAGACAAAUUUUAUACUUUCCUAGUUCAAUGAAAUAAGAUUUUGGUAUUGGAAUUAUAUAGAUGCUGAAUUUGCAAGAGCUGAGAAAACAAAUUACUACAAACUUCUUGAUGUCUGGGAGAAAAGAAAAUAGUUAUUGCAGGGGAUAAUGGUGUCUAAACUUUUGAUUUUUACAUAUAUUACUAAAUAGUUGCUUUUUACAAUGGGAAAUUAUCAUUGCAAUGCAGAUUUUUUCACCUUGAAAAAUUGAAAGAUUAUAUCCCUUAAAUUCUGUCAAUCUACUGCUAGUGCCAGCUUGAGAAAAGAAUAAUGGUUCUACUUUAUAUACUGCUUUAAAAAUGUUUGCAUGUAUCACAAUAUUGAUUUGUUUCUGUGGUAGUUUUGAAAUUGUUAAGGAUGGACAAAAGUACUUAUUAUCUGUAGAAUUUUUAUGACAUUCCGAACGUAACAGCAAUGAGGUAAAUUUGUUAUUAUAUUUUUAGUUAUCUUUUUGUUCAAAAAUAUAUGCUAUAUUUGGCAUAG